GGUAUUAGAUUGUGGUUUUUAGUUUGAUUGAAGUGUUUGUCGAGUGAAUACAUUUUUUAAGAUACUUAUAAAAAAUAAAUUAACUAUCAACAUGAGGCUUAUUUCUUUCUUUUUUUGCAUACUACUGCCUUAUCUAGUUUUUGCGCAGAUCAAAAGUAGACACUCAGUUUCAGGAAAUUUUGAACAAACUUCUAACUUUACUAAUUAUUAUUCGCCACUACCCCAGCCGAUAAAUGCUAAUGCAUGGAAUUAUUCUUCAACAACAAUCAAUUACCCUCAGCAACAAUUGGGGAAUACAAUUUACCCAACUUUUCCACCUUAUAAUACUGUAGUUUCGAGAAAUGAUUUAUCGGCUCCUACGACGACGUUAAAAGCAUCAAAUAAUCAUAAUGGAUGGAAUUCUUCAACUUCACAUAAUCAAUCGGGAAAUGGAAAUUAUUUUUCACCUGCUACAGUCUUGCCAGCCCUUAAUUAUAACACGCAAACUGUUCCAGGACAGAAUAUAUCCCCUUUUGCAGCAUUACUAGCAUCUAAUUCUAAUUCAUCAAUGAAUGUGCAUAAUCAACAAUUGGGAAACGCUCACAUAUUUCCAGGAUUGAAUUACAACAUUCAAACUGUAACGGCUACACCAAUUUUCAAAGACAGGACUGCAGAGUUUUUGAACCACACUCGGCUGAAUAUAGCAUCUGGAUUUUGUUUCACUGAAGUGCCAACAGCAUCACUUGUGGCAGGUAAACUCAAUGCCGUUGCCAUCCCACGAGGCAACGGUUCGACACCAACUAUGAGUCGAAUUCAAAUAUGCUGUGAUGGGUACCAACGUAAUCCUCAUGUUUUCCGCAAGUGUGAUCCAAUUUGUAAGGAUGAUUGUCCCAAUGGUAUUUGCACAGCCCCCAACACUUGUGUCUGUCUACCUGGAAAUAUUCGAGAUCAUGAAGAUAAUUGUGUUCCAAUCUGUCCCAUUGGUUGCCGCAAUGGUAUUUGCCAACCAAAUGGAUCUUGUGUUUGUAAAUCUGGCUUCAUUUUGGAUCCUACUUCAAGGCAAUUCUGUAGACCGCAUUGUAGUAAGGGAUGCGGCGGUGUUGGGACAUGUGUUGCUCCUGAGACUUGUCGUUGCCCAUUCAACUAUGAAUUAUCUCCAUCUGGAGUAUGCCAGCCGAAAUGUGAAAAUUGCGACGGAACUUGCACAGCUCCAGGAGUUUGUAGCUGUAAUCGGGGAUAUAUUAGAAAAGGAAAUAUUUGUGAGCCAAUAUGUACAAAGGGAUGUUUAAAAGGCACUUGCACAGCUCCUGAAACGUGCACUUGUAAGCCAGGAUUCACUCUUGACAGUAGCAAAGCUAAUUGUGUGCCUCAUUGCGAAAAACCGUGUUUGAAUGGAUUCUGUGAUGGCUAUAAUGUGUGUUCUUGUAAUCCUGGAUACAUUUUGGACGCUACUCAAACGAAUGUCUGUAAGGCCCAUUGUCCAUCUGGGUGUCCUAAUGGAACUUGUACUUCACCAAACUUUUGCAUAUGCAAUAAGGGAUUUAGAAAGAGUGGAAUUAAGGGCAAACAGAAUUGUGUUCCGUUAAUAAAAUGCUCUCACUACGUGAGGCAGCAUUUCAAAUUAAACUCGUGCCCAGUAAAGUUCGCCUUAAAAGCUGAAAUAAAACUUUAUUCCAAUUCAAUAAUGUUUCCGCAGAUAAGGGCAUUCCUCGUGGGUGCUGCUUUUAUCAGCUUCGGUUUGGUCUUAAGUGAGCGCGAAAUCUCCGGUGAUAUCUUCAUAUCGGAAGCUCGUAGUUUGGCUUAUAUGAAAAAGAACUACACACACAAAUGUUGGAAACAAGUGCCGGUCGUUCUCUUCAGAACGGAGAGGAAUGAGUACAUUCAAGGCAACGGAAGCAACAUUCAUUUCCAUGAAGUCGAAGACUGUUGUGAAGGAUACAAACGAACUCGCUAUGACUGGAAUCGGUGUGAACCAGAUUGUGGCACAAAGUGCAAGAACGGCUUCUGCACAGCACCGGGCCGUUGUGAGUGCUUCGAUGGAUUCACCAAGAACGAUCGAGGUGAAUGUGUGUAUGCAUGUCCUCUGGGGUGUGAAAAUGGACGAUGCUAUUUGAAUGGGACUUGUCGCUGUAACAGAGAUCACACAUUGGAUCCAACUCGAAGCUUUUGCCGCCCAAACUGCAUACCGGCUUGUGGUCAUAAUCAGAUUUGUGUGGAGACGGAUAAGUGUGAUUGUAAGGACGGCUAUCAGAUGACACCGAUUGGCUGUCAACCGAUUUGCACUCCAGAUUGUGGACAUGGUAGAUGUGCUGCUCCGAACAAAUGUGAAUGUUUUGCAGGAUUUUACAUGAGACCGCCGAGAACAGUUUGUGAAGCCGUUUGUGAUAAUAUGAUCUGUGAAAAUGGCUUCUGUGAAUCGAGAUAUAGAUGUCAGUGCCACGAUGGCUUUAGGUACGACCAAAAUACGACGAACUGUCUGCCGGAUUGUGGUGAUAAGUGCGAAAAUGGUGUUUGCAAACAACCGGGUGUCUGUCACUGUUUCGAGGGCUUCGAAUCUAAGGGCGAUACUUGUGUGCCGAAAUGUGAAAACGGAUGCGGUCGCUACGGCAAGUGCAUUGCACCAAACAUCUGUGGCUGUAGUUUCUCGAAUCAAAUGUGUUCCUUCGGAAAUUGUGAUGCCUUCGGUAAGUGCGUAUGUGCGGAAGGACUUGUGCGAUUCAUUGACAAAUGUGUUAGUCCCGAUCGAAUCGAGCUGCUAGUAACUAGUUUUGAACAAAGAGAAUUUUACAAUCAGGAAUUGAAAUUGGAAUUUAAUAAUUUAAUUGGCAGACACUUUGGUGAUUUGUAUUCUUUUUAGUUUAUUAUUUUGAUCUUUUUCUAUUAUUGUUCUAGAAAUAAUUAUGAAUAAUAUACAUUGUAUAUGAAUUUGUUUUGUUAAGUUCUUAAUAACUAAUAAAUUACAAAUUAAAAAAGAAAAGAAAA